AAGUGUCUCGCGUGUUGUUUUUGGUUUGUACAUCAUUUCCCAUGAGCCUCAGCGGCAUCUGUCCGUCACAUGACUUGUCGCAAGUCAACGUCACAUGUCAACAUGGCUGCUGCUGUUUCCAGCGAAGAUUUUAAUAACUUGCAGCUUCUCCUGAAGGCUCCGUCCAAAGAUGCUGUCAGAGAUGUUUGUGUUCAGAGUCAUAAAGGUCCAAGUCGCCAACUGACUGAGAGCACAGCAGCUACACUCAGCAUCCCUGCAACCCAGGCAGCACAGCUGGUUCGGUCCCUCCAUGUUCUGUCCCAUCACGUCGUCUUCAACAACCUCAGUUCUCCGGAGCAGAUCCUCGCCGUGUUCCCCGAGUCCUUCCACUCGAGUCUGAAGAACCUGAUCACCAAGAUCCUGCUGGAGAACAGUCCAACAUGGCGGACAGAAGCGGUCAAUGAUCAGGUGUCCCUCCCUCAGCUGAAGGACCUGAGCUGGAGAGUUGACCUGGUGACCGGCUCAGACUCGGUCAGUCGGAUGUCGGUGCCGACCUGUUUGGUUCAGCUGAAGAUGGAGGAUCCGUGUCCGUCGGCAGGCGGUGAGUCGGUUUCCACGGUAACAGUGGAGCUCAGCAGGGAGUCUCUGGACACCAUCCUGGACGGACUGGGACGAAUCAGAGACCAGCUGUCUGUGGUCGCCGGGAAGUGAAGCUGAAGACGAGUUUGACAGUCUGAUGAGUUUGGACCAACAGGUUUAUAAAGAAGGACUUGAGUCAUUAAAUCACCAGAACCAGAACCAGAACCCGUUUAUCUUCAUGUCGUCCAUCUUCAUUCACAGCCUCGGUGAAGCUGCUUCUUGCUGAUAUGUGGUGCCACAAAGUAUUUCUCACUUUUUGUUGUUUCCUGGACGUUACAUAGCAACUAAUCCAUGCAAUGAUUGUAAUUUUCAUAACUGAUAUGAAAAUAUUUGUUUGUUUCAGCCUUAAAGCUCAUUAAAAAAAUGAGAAAACUA